AUGUUGUUACAAGACCCUAAUCACCGUGAGGAACUAGACGACGAUGUCGAGAAUGCUUUCUCGAACAUCAAUGGAACUGUGCGACAAUCUUCGCAGUUUGCCAAUGUGUCCAGCAUCGACGUUCCCUUGACACAUCUGCCCGUCUUGACCCUCAGAUCCAAAACGGCCAACUCCCGCACMGGACUGGCAAAAUCCCUCCCUUACGCAUCACCUGAUGCGCCAAGAUCGACCAUCGAAGAGCAGAAUGUACUCAUCAAGACCUGGGCGAUACUGCUACACCAAUAUGCGGCGUCUGAUAGGGUCGCAUUUGCCAUUAUCGGUAAAGCCGGCCCCUCGGGGCACUCAAGUGGACGAGCCUCCACACAGGUUGUGGUCUCACACUGGUCCACGACCCCGACAGCUUUUGCCCAAAGCAGCGGGCCCCAGUUAGAGUUUGUCACAUUUGAUCCUUCACAACACGGCAGUAGGGUCAAUACUGCCCUUGACUUCACUGCCAUAUAUCACUCCAACAAUGACUUCAGCUAUGUUCUCCACUGGUCAGAAGAAGGUGCCAGAGAUCUGCGCCUCUACACUCAGCAGUCGUCGGUGCCUACCAAGUUUGCAUCUGCCUUGUGGACUACACUUCUGGAAAUCAAUACCAGAGUCAGGACUGCAGAUCCUCUACUUUACAAGCGUCCGAUCAGCAAAGCAGAUCAGAGAGCCAUCAGCUCAUUUAUUACCGCACCGCUUUUUGAAGAAAGAAAGUGUUUGCACCACCUCUUCCUCGAGUCAGCUCGAGCUACUCCUCAAGCGCCUGCUGUGCAGGGGUGGGAUGGAUCUUUCACCUACGCUGAACUAGACCAGCUUUCCAACAACGUUGCGAGCCAGCUCCUGCGUCGAGGUGUGCGCAAGGGUCAGUACGUCCCGUUUUCAUUUGAAAAGAGCGUGUGGAUGGUUGUCGCAAUUAUCGGGAUUCUCAGGGCUGGGGGAGUGGUCGCCUCGAUUGAUCCUUCCCAACCUCAGUCCCGGGCCCGGGAAAUUAUCCAAGAGACAGGGGCAACGGUGAUUGUAGCUUCCAAUGCUCAAGCUUCGAUCUUUGCAGAUCUCGUCGACACCGUUGUACCCAUCUCGGCGGACUCCGUGCACUACGCGGUGGACGAUACCGGCUUACAUAUAUCGUUGCCUCAAGUUCAACCCGCGGACCCUGCCGUGAUAAUCUUUACGUCGGGAUCAACCGGCAAGCCCAAGGGAAUUGUCAUCCAGCACKGUGCGGCCGCUACCCGAAUGGUGGCCGAGGGCAGAGCUUUCCAGUACCAUGGUGCGAGAACCUUACAGUUCGCCGCCUCCACAUGGGACAUCUUCAUGACGGAUAUCUUCACUACCCUGGCGUUCAACGGCUGCGUUUGCAUUCCGAGUGAAGAAGAUCGCAGAUUUAACCUUUCCAAGUUUUGUGCCGAAUAUGACGUGUCACUGGCACUUAUCACUCCGUCACUGGCAAACCUCCUGGAACCUACUAGAUUCCCAGCCCUCAAGACACUGAUAUUCGGCGGAGAAGCACUCAAAGAGGAGGUGAUCCGAAAGUGGGAAGCAAUCGAUGGCAUCUCACUUCAUCAAGGCUACGGGCCAGCAGAGACCGGGCCCUGUGUCGCUACGCGUUUGGCCGAACGGCCGGAAAUUCUGGGCUAUGCGCUCGAUAAUUCAAUCUGCAUCCUCGUUGAUCCCAGUGACCCGAACCAACUGGUCCCACUUGGAGCCGUAGGUGAGCUCGUCGUCGGAGGGCCCAGCUUGCUUCGGGAAUACAUCAACGACCCCAGCAAGACUGACGCCGCAGUGAUUGAGAACCCUUCUUGGGCAUACGGCCUAAUGGCUCCUGUGCGGCGAUUUUAUCGGACGGGUGAUCUUCUCCGAUACAGUGUCGACACCCUGGAUGGUCGGCUAGAAUUCGUUGGUCGCACUGACGAUCAAGUCAAGUAUCACGGCCAGCGCAUCGAACUGGGAGAGAUUGAGCACCACUUGAGCCGGCUCCCCGGUGUAGAAUCAUGCGUCGUUGUCCUUAUCAGAACAGGGUUUUUCAAAGACAGGCUGGUAGCUGUGGUGCAAGCUGGAAAGUCCAGCGGCGGCAACAGUUACGGCAAACAGCUCUCAAUACGAUAUGAUCAGAACAUCACGGUCACUCAUAUGAGAAGCUUCCUGUCGUCACGAUUACCAGAAUUCAUGAUUCCAAAUGAGUUGCUGGUGGUCCAUGAACUACCACACAACAGCUCCAUGAAACUUGACAGGGGUCGGGUCACCAAGUGGAUCUCCGACAUGCAGAGCCGACCUUCGGAGGCAAUCGCGAAUCCGCAUACUCUGAGCAAUGAGUUGCUGGCUCAUGAAUCGACGGCUAGGACAAUUGCUCGCGAGUACGCCAAGAUUGUCGCGGGCGACAAUAUGACUCGUCGCCGAGAGUACGAAGGGCGCGAUUUCAACCUGCAGGAAGGCGGCAUCGACUCGAUCCAGAUCAUGUCGCUGUCGAUGUUCCUUACCCAACAUUUUGGGUUCCAAGUCCCCAUGACAGAUAUUCUCAGCUCGAGGGCCACCGUACGAUCAAUUGCUUCGGUGAUUGAUGCGAACAAGAGCCACGAUCUGGGAAUAGGUGAGGGGCAGCCGCUGAGUAUGCGGGAUAAAAUCCGCAUUCCACCAAGAUCCGAUAUGCCGGCCCCCAACCAACAUUCUCUGGAAAUAAAUAGCAGCAGCGUUUUUCUCACGGGAGCUUCUGGCUUCCUUGGCAUUGAGAUGCUACGGCAAUUGUUGGCUCGACCAAGCACGCACGUCUAUGCGUUGGUCCGGGGAUCAUCGGAGAGCCAAGCUCGAGAACGUGUCGUACAAAAGGCAAUCUCGGCUGGCUGGUGGCAGGAUGCAUAUCGUACCAGACUCCACGUUUGGCACGGUGAUCUAACGCUUCCACAGCUUGGGCUAAGUCACUCUCAAUGGCAAAUGCUGCAGGGCCAAACGUCUCCGAGCAUUGACGCGAUCAUCCACAACGGCGCUAAGGUGCAUUACAGUCAGGAUUAUGAAACACUGAAGAAAACCAACGUCUCGCCAACGGUCGAGCUGCUGAAAGCGGUACAUAAUCGCGAAGAACCCCUGCGUAGCUUUGUCUUUGUAUCGGGAGGGCAGCAGCUUAGCUUCGACGACAGCGACGACGAGAAAAAUGCGACGAAGUCGCUAAAGGGAUCCGGCUACGCACGAUCAAAGGCCGUUUCUGAACAGAUUGUCCGUAGAUUCGCCAAUCAAAAAGGCUCCAAGGCUCGGCAUGUUCGAAUCGUGAAACCAGGGUUCAUCAUCGGCGACUCUGAGCGAGGCCUUGCAAAUCAAUCCGAUUUUAUCUGGAGAUUGAUCGCUGCGUGUGUAGAAAUGGGAUUCUACAACGAGGACGAAGUGGACAGCUGGCUCUUUAUCUCUGACAUCACCCGAGUAGCGCAAAUGAUUCUGCACAGCGUGUUUGAAGAAGACGCUAAACCCGUCACAAAGGUACUGGAUGGACUGAGAUUCAAGACUUUGUGGGCCCUUCUCCAACAGAAAUUCGGAUUUGAACUUCAACCCCUCCGUCGGCAGCAAUGGCUCGCACGCCUCCAACAAUCAGUUGCCCAAAAGAAAGAAAAACACGUGCUGUUUCCGCUGCUCUACCUGCUAGAGGCUAGUGAUGAGCCAAUUGGGGUGUUUCACGGACCUUUGGACCCAAGUGCCGGAGUUCAAGCGGCGCUGGAAGCAAACAUCACAUAUCUGAUCAACUCGCGGUUUCUGAUCCCAGCGGACUCGGUGCUGACUCCGACAACAUCGGAAGCGAGUACUGCGCCCGUGAUGGAUGUCAUUGAUGUUCAAAGCUUGAGAGAGCAGUUUCCGGCCUUGCACCACGGCGUCGUAGCUUUCAACAAUGCUGCGGGAACUGUGUUACAUCGGGACGCUGCUGAGAGCACACACCGAUACAUGACCUCAUUUCCUUAUGAGCUGGGUCGUGAUGAUCCAGCGAGUGCCGCGAAAACGCAGCGACUUCAAGAUAGAUUCGCCGAGCUCGCAGCAUUCAUGAAUGCCGACCCCGAUGAAAUAGCUUUUGGCCAAUCUACUACCUUCCUACUUCGCUCCCUCGGCCAGGCACUAAAGCCUUUGCUCAAUUCGGAUUGUGAGAUCAUCGUUUCCGUUCUUUGUCACGAAGCCAGCGCGGCGGCGUGGCUUGCCCUCGCUAAGGACCUGGGAAUCGCCAUCAAAUGGUGGGCCCCACCACCCGGCGACGACCCAGUUCUGUCACUCGACACAUUGAGGCCAUUGUUGACGCCCAAGACCCGGCUGGUAGCCUGCAACCACGUCUCCAACGUGGUGGGUACCAUCCAUCCAAUCCGCCAAGUGGCGGACCUUGUUCAUAGGAUUCCCGGGGCGGUCAUCGUUGUGGACGGAGUGGCAUGGGCCCCGCACCGACCCAUUGACGUCAAGGCCCUGGAUGUGGACUUCUACUGCUUCAGCUGGUACAAGGUCUUUGGACCCCAUGUCGCACAACUGUACGGCCGCCGUAGCGCUCAGAAACGCGCUCUUGUGGGCAUCAGCCACUUCUUCCUCGGCGAGAUGCCGGGUCUGGACUGGCGUUUGCGUCUCGGUGCUAACUCCUUCGAGCUUGAAGAAGCCCUGGUGCCGAUCACCCAAUACCUGAAACGGGUGGGCUGGGACAACAUCAUUGCCCAAGAGACGGUGCUCCAGGACGUUUUCUUGGCGUAUCUCCGACGCCGGCCCCAGGUGUUUCGCAUCUUCGGCGAGAAGUCAUCUGACCCUAGGAAGCGCGUGCCGGUGAUUACAUUUGAGGUGAUUGGACACUCGUCUACAUUGGUGACCAACAAGGUCAAUCAGAGGGGGCGAUUCCGCGUUGUGUCUGGAAAUUGCUGGGCUCCAAGACCAACGCAUGACGUGCUGGGACUGGGCGCUGAAGGUCUCAUCCGGGUUAGUUUCGUGCAUUAUAACACUGUUGCGGAAGUACAGGAGUUUUGCGUGGAGCUUGAUUCAGUUCUGGAGACUUUGAAAGCUGGAAAAUAG